GGCGGAAGUGACAUAUUUCUUUCAACAAACCAUUCCAUGUAGACAGUAAGAAAACAGAGCAAAGUUUUUGUCAACCAAACAUAUUUUUUUAAUUCCGGACACCAAUAACACCUCUGCUAAGAAAAAAAACCACCAUCGCAGUCUGCAUGGAGAUGUUCAGGAAAUGACGCAGAUGGUGUCAGGAUGGCAAGCGGUAGCCCACGUCACGUGACUCGCCCAACCAAUCCCACCACCCCAUCCCACGAACCCGUGGACCCAGAUCCCCCCACCCCAGAAGCGGAGAGUAGCCAGUAUGAGGACCCACCCACCGAUAGCAAUUACACCUUGUACUAUGACUGUAUCGAGCCUAGCGAAGCCAAUGAUUACACUACGGACGCUAUUGUAAAGGGUGCUUGGGUUCUAGAAAACGAAGAUGAAGAAGAGGAUGAAACUGACAAAAGUCUCCUUGUCAAUGAAGUAAAAUUUAGACAUUUUACAGAGGAUAAAAGCGUCAAUGUACGCAUGAGUCCAUACAAAUCAUCCCAUGCUGAUCACGGUGUACGUCUAGUUCAAGACGACGCAUCUAGUAUCGAAAAAAGCGGUGAUGGCGUCAAGAUCGACGUUGAGAAAUCCGAAACAGACUGUGCUUGCUCGAAGACCAGCACUACAUCUCUCAGCCACACCCCGCUGACGAAAAAAGCUGAAAGCAACUUCACCACAACCAAACCCGUAUUCGCAGACGCCUCGCACAAUUUCGCGUCUACAAUCACCGUAAGCCCCAUCAGCGGCAUCAACCCUCUGCAUAUGGCGAGUACAAUGCAAUUGUCUGCAAUCGCUCUAAUCGCCACCCAGCGAAUCGAACGUCAAGGUACUCUAGGUGAUACAGUUAACCGGGUGUUUACACUGUCACCUCGAACUACGGGAGAAGGUGACGAGUCACAGCCCAGCGGAGACAUUCUUGUUUGUGAGUACACUUUAAUGGAGCCGAAACGCGAGCACAGUGCCGCUGCUAAGGAGACAGGAGAUGACGUCAGCAUACGCAUUGAACUGGGGAUCGAAGAGGAUGCACAAUCAGCUGGUGGAAAAUCGGGUGGAGAGAACUGUGAUGGUGUCCCUGAUGCCCUGAACACCAACACCAAUGCUUUAGCCGAGUCGUUGGCCAAGAUCGAGCAGGAGGAACGCGAGUGUACUGAAUACCUGAGAGACGAGAGAAUGGCGGACAGGAUCCAACAACUCAUGGCCGAGAGGGACGAUCUCGAGUUCAAAACCCACCUCCUCCUUGCAUGGAACUCUAUCCUCUUCUUCUUCCUCGUCAGUACUCUGAUCUACGCAUGCGCAUGCGUCUGUGGCUUCCGGAAGUCCUUUACUUGUGGGGAAACAUGUCUCCGGCGAGAGAAGCAGCAGGAAGAGCAACCAGUGCAUAAGAAAUGGUGGGAGUAAUUCGAUGCCUGGAACAGCGCGGUGCGAUUUACUGUUUAUUUUGUGGUGGGAGGUGAGAGAACAGCGUGGGCAGAAAGUGUCCCAAAUAUCGUUGGCAAUGUUCCAUCGCCAUUAAAAGUCGAUGGUUUAAAAAAAAUGAUUACAUCAAAGAAAAUAGAAACAUCACUCGUCACAUUUUAAAAUAGGGACUACAUUUUAAGGGAAACAUCAAGGUUGAGUUGUUAUUGUAACGUAUGAAGAAUAAACUAAACGCAUUUUG